UUUUGCGUUUCAGUUUUCAGUCUUUCAGUAUUCCAAAUCACAUCUCGACUAUUGAAUUCAAUUGAAUUGUAUUGAAUGAUGUAUAACAGUACGUAAAACUCAUCCUUAAUGUUAUAGAAAGUUCUUGAUUUGAUUACCGAGUCAUUAGAUAAUAAAGAAUGCUUUUGCACAUGAACAUUACAAUUCCUUCUCCGUUGCAUUAUGGUGGUAAUCGAAGAAUAGAUUUUAAUGUUCCAGUAACCAUUCUAAACGCAUGUAAAUGUUGCAAACAGUUACAAAGUAAUAUGCUCGAAACAUUCUCCGCCGUGUAACGUGUUGUGCAACAUGACACCAAUCACAGCUCGUGAUUUUGUGAUUUAAACUUACAACUUUUAAGGUGGCAAAUUGCUAUCACUUGUAAACAAUUGUCAGCCUGAUUACCCUUAAUUUGUGUGAAAACGUUGCGACAAAAAAUUAACUUUAUAAAGAUCGGUCAUGUUUCAUAAUUAUCAACUGUGAAUCAAUUCUUCUCAAAAUGGCAGAAAAUCUGGCGAAACGGCCUCCUAAAGGGAUUUUAAAAACAUCCAGCAGCUUCGAUAAUCCGGAUAUAUCUAGACCCAGCAAAGAAACAAAAUGGGACGAAAUGAAUAUAAUAGCGACAUUGCAUCCACCAGAAAAAGAUUAUGGUCAUAUGAAGAUCGAUGAACCAAAAACCCCAUACAACUACGAAGGCCUGAACAGUGAAUUUGAAUUUGAUCAAUUAGAUUCAACUGCUGUUGCUGCCAAAUUGGCAGGAAGCAGUAAACCAAAAAUAUUUGAGGAGUCAAGUGACGACGAAGAAGAAAAAGAAACUCCUGAGGAAAGAGAAAAACGAAAAGCAUUUGAAGCAAAGAGAAAACGCCAUUAUCGAGAGUGGCAAGUAGUUCAGAUGGCUCGAAAACAGUUACUCGAACAAGACGAAGAAGAUGAAGAUGAAAAUGACACAAAAGACAACGAAGACGAUGAAGACGAAGAGGAUAUAGAAAAAGACGACAAUAGUUCUUUUACCUCUCAAGAACAAAUUAACUUCGAUGUUAGAUUCAAGUGCAUGCCGUCCUGUGAUAAGACAGAACAGAAGUGAUAUGACUAAAGACUUUGACAAACAAUAUGAAUUACUAAAAAUUGAGAGUUCAUUUAUCUAACAUUUUUCAGUUCAUGGUAAAUCUUCGCUGAUGUCCGCAGAGAAUAGACGAAUUAAAUCAUUGAUUACUUUAAUAAGAAUGUCCAUAUUAGAUUAGUUAAACAAUUAAGUCAAUAAAUUUUUGUAACUGACUGGUUUACCAAUUUCCAACAGUUGACUUAUUACUUAGUCUGUGUAAUUAAUUACACAACGAAUUUAAUGUCAAUGUAUAGAUAAUUAAUUGCUUAAUUAAUUACAAACAUAAAUAAAUAAUUAAUAAUUAAGCAAGCAUUCGAUUUAAUUCUUCAUUAUCAAUAUUGUAACUGAUUAACAAAUUCGGAAUGGUGGUACUUAGUCUACAGAAAAUAAAACUUUGACGCAUAGUUUAAAAAAAAUAGGACUGUAGAUUUAUUUAUUCAUUAUGAUGACGUCACAGUACAUACUUCUGUGAUACUUUUUGGUACUUUGGCAUGCAGUAUAAAGAACUAAUUUAAUUAUUAAUUAUUUAAUUAAUGUUUAAGUAGCAGUUAUUAGUGACUAGUACUUCGAUAAGUAGGUUAUUAUUUAUUUUGAUAUAAAUUAACUAAUACUUAAUUAACCAUAUGACAAUAUAAUUUUUUAAUUCA